GAUAUGUUGAUGAUUUACAGCAAAAACAUGACCAUAAAAACCUUUGACAGUAAAUAAACAUUUGGAUGACAGCUUGCAUAUUCCAUCCUCUUAUGUUCGAAGAGUUUCUGUUAUACAAUCAAGGCUUUCUAAAACUUGUUACAGAAGUCCAUGAUGUUGAGAAUAUGCUUUUUGCUGCUCUUUUGUGUAGUGAAUGUAUUGACAGAUGAGGAGUAUUAUGAUCCUUUUGACAUGGUGAAUCCCAGAAAAAUCAUAAAGGACAAACCUGAUGCGGAGGGAACAUUACAUAAAACUGAAACCAGAACUUCAAAGGAAGCUAGUAGUAAUGAACUUCUCCCUACAGAAAUUAAUGAGCCCAUAAAUAUGAAGAAAGAGCCAAUGUGUCCAAAAGUUGAUGCAGGAAAGCAGAUAUUCAAAAAUUUUGUCCAGUCUUUUCUGAAACAUUUCCAGUUGAAGGAGCCGACAUCAGGGUCACAAGAAUACAGCAUGGUUCUUAAACUUUCUGUUGAUGAUUUUAAAAUCUUGCGAAAAUUUGUGAAAGAAGAAAGUAAAGAUUUGCACAGCCUUUAUGAUUCAAAUGACAUCCUAAUUGGCAUGAUUGAAACUGUAUCAAGGUCACAUUUAGGAACAAUGGGACAAAUAUCCAUAUGGUUUGAGGACAGAUAUGGAGCAAGUAUUGAUGCAGCCCUAAAGAUGGUUGCUGUGCUUUUAAUGGCCUCAGUAUUUGCAACAUUGGAAAUGAAGCUACAGAUGUCAUGGAGACAGAGAUUUAUGAAGUUGAUUGUUCUAGCCUUUAUUGUCAGCAUCCCAAUGACCUGGUUUGAACUCUACAAGGCAGAACAAAUCAAACAGCAGACUGUGGCUAUGAAUGAUGUCCCGGCUGAUUGUGUGAAGAAUGACUCCAUCAGUGAUAACUGGUUUGGGGCGGCAUCCCACUUGGUCAAAACCAUGUUUACUCUGAAGGAGGACAAAUGUCAGAAGUAUUAUGAACAUAUAAUGAUUGAUCCAAUUGUCAAAGUGCCACCCACUAAGGCAGUGGGUGUCACCUUUGUUCGUUUCUUCCUCUCACCACUCAAAGAUGUGGGAGCUGCUCUGAGCACAUUCAUAAAAGAACUCCUGAUUGACCUACCCAUCACCUUGUAUCCUGUAGCCAUGGUCAUGGUGGUAGUGUUUCUGUUUCUCUUUCUUUUCAUGAUCUUUGGCUACAGCAUAAAGUUCCCCUUCUUCCUUUCCAUUGAGCCUUCUCCAUAUCAAGGUAUCACUGGAGGUACCUCUCAUCAACUAGCCAUUGAAGAAAACACUAAAAAAUUGAUGGAACAGAUUCAGACAAUGCAACAAACACUUCAGUCAAAGGAAGAAAAGUUUACAGCCAGAAUGAAUGACUUUGAAAGACUUCAGAAAACUGCUAUAGAAUACUCAGCAUCAAUAAAUGUUCCAGAUGUGCCAUAUCCAACAAUCCCAGCAGGCUCUAUUCCAAAGGGUGCCAUAGCAUCAAACAUUACAUCUAGCAGUCAAUAUACAACACAGAUCUUCCAGGAAUCUGGUGAUGGUGAUACUCUUUUAGUGGUAGAAACUAGUGAGGUCAAGUCUCCCAUUCCUUGUUCUGAGUCAGACUUUGAAUCUUCUGUGGAAGACACUACCAGUAAACAUGUUGUUGAUGUGCCACGUACUGCAAAUUCUCAGUCCUCUCCCUCUGGAAGGUCUAGCAAACUACCUGUGAGCAAAAGAGGCAAAUCUGGUGAUCAUUUGCCAACUCCAAUUAGUUCUGCUGGCAGGACAGACAUUGCACAGCCUCAGACUUUGACACCAUUGUCAUCAGAAUCCAUUUCACCCCGAGAAGUGAAUUCUAGCUAACCGGAGGUUCUCUACAUUGUAUGAAUUCAUUUGUCUCAUAAUUAUUUUUUUCACCAUUCAUUUUUGCUAAAAUAAAAUUUCGUAGAAAAAGCUCAA